CUGGAGGUCUUGUUGAAGGGCAGCUUCUGUUCAGUAGCCCGAGAUCCUGCUGAGGUCCUGCACUUGUACAAGCUCUGUGUGGUGCUGGGCUGCAAGUCCAUGGCCCACACUCUUGAGCAACAGAAGUCUGAAACUGUAAUUCUUGACUGGAUACACCAUGAUGCAGGAGCCAGGUCAAGUUGCUUGGAAGGUUCUGGAUGGUUCUUCCAUGCCCAGGAGCUCAGAAUCAAAGGCCAGUCAGUGUCCUGUCUAUGAGAAAGGACACCACAGAGUAAGGGGAGGUGAGGAAGGCAGGUGAGUGUGAGGAAAGCAGACAGCCCAAGAGAGGGCAUAGGGCAGGCAGGCUAGAGGGAGGAACCAGUGUUGGGCAAGUAUGAAGGGAGAGAGGUGAUGGUGAAUGCCGACUCCCACUGGGGAGGCUGACUGGUCCUGUUCAGGGCUAGGUUUCAUGUUGGGCUCCUGGACACCAUUAUAUCCAUUUCUGUGUAUAAUAAAUACAUAAUGACCUUGCAGAUUAUUGUAUAUACUUUAACUCUGGUUGUCAUGGGUUACAUAAAGUUAAAAUAUUGCAAGACCAUUUGUGAAGUUGGAAGAGGAAUCAAGGGAUUGCAUGGGAAGAGCAGUUUGAGACAGUUUGAGCACCUACUGUAUGCUGAGAUCUGAGGUAGGACUUGGCCUUAGGGUGGAGCUGUCAUUAGUCCCAUCUUUACAAAUAGGAAGGAGGCCCGCGGAGGGGGAACUUAACCUCACCCAUGGUCACAAACUAGUACACACAGGAGCUGAAAUUGCAACUCAGGCAACUAGAGGAAGCAUGUCAGUGUACAGAAAAGGAAGAGAUGACACAGGAGUGGAUGGGAAGAACAGGACCUCUGGAAGGGACUCUGAGGACUGGUGUCCUUGAAAUGUGAACAUCCUGCAAGUGAGGCUUGAAAGGCUAUGGACGGGGGAGCCUUAACUAUAAAAGGGGUUCAUGUGUUCAAGUCUCCGAUGAGCAAGCUGGCUCCUGCUGAGCAGAUGGGACAGGAGUAAUGUGUAAACCAUACAGGAAAGAUCAAGAUGUGGUUCCUGUCUAUCCCCUAGUGGAUGGGACAAGCCAGAUACUCCUAUGGUGUGAUUGGUAGGCCCCUCGACCAGUCUCAAGAGAUCAUCAAAAGCUUCCUGAAGUAGCACCUGAGUUUUACCAGGAACAGAUGAGUAGGAGUUAACAGCAGGAGGGCAGGAAACGCCUGUGCCAAUGCUAUGCUGUUUUAGAAGUUUUAGCAGACAAGUCCCUUCCCUACUGCACAUGUACCAAGUCCUUCCUCUGCUGGGCUUCUUUCUCUGUCUACAGGUGAUUACUCCUGAGCUUGUCUGUAGCCAUUCACUGCUUCUGUCGUGCUUCCCUUAGCUUAGAUUUCUUUUGCCAUAGUCUAAAUCUCAAAGCCUGCUCUAGUGCAAGGAAUGACAAUCUGUUAGAGUGGGAAUCUCUAUGAUGUGUCCCCAGGAGGGAGAGGAUCCUGGAAACGGGCAUAACUAGCUGUACUUACACAUACUUCAACUGUGCACAUCAACCAACAUAUGUUCCCUGUAUAUUAGUUAUUAAUGCUGUUAACCGAUACUUUUGCCUCUCUUUCCAGGCACAUGGCAAGAUUGAACUUACUGUAAUUCCCUGCCCGCUGUGACUUGUUUUGGCCAUUGAUAGAAGAGCAGAAGUGAUGAAUGUCACUACCAGGUAAAAGCAUUGAGGAAGUGUUCAAUUUGCCUGACACACGUCCACUCACAGCAGCCUGGGUCUCUGUCUGACUGCAGGAAAGAGCUCCUCUUGACCCACAGUGGACAUGAUUGUGAUUGAGAAACACAUGUUUGUUAAGUUAAAUCAUUCAGAUUUGGAGAUUUUUUUUCCUCUUGUAGCACAAUAUAACUGACCCUGACACAUUUUGUCAAGCAAAGUUUGGCAGCACCAAGGUCUUUACCUCUGUUGAGUAUUUAGCACCCUGAGUGCUUUAACUUAUUUCCUACCAUGAUGGAUACCCUGACACUCUCCUUGCAAGUAAUAUAGCCUAUUUGAAUCAGCCUAAAUUCAAAAGAUAGUCACAAAACUAGUUAUAAGACACAGGCAUUUACUGAGCUAUUUAAAGACAGUCUAGAUAUCUUACACAUGUCCCAUGUGUCCACACAUGUCCAAAAGCAAGCCACUAAUGAAUCUCCCUUUCCCUGAGACAAGAUGUUCUGCCCUGUUAUCAGGCCUAGUGAAAUUGGUAGGCCAACUUCAUGGUCCUGGAUUGUAGGCAUGAUUCUGCCAUUCAGGAGUGAAUGGUGCUGGACAAAUUACACCUUUGAGCUUCAUUUCCUUUAUCUGUAAAAUGGUGAUGAUAGUAAAAAUUAUGUCAUAGAAAAGUAGCACUUGCAUACUUGCUGUAUGAGCCACUCUGCAGAGAGAACAACAACAACGUGUGGAGGUGCUUUGAAAUGGGAAAGCUCCAUGCAAAUAUUAGCUGAUUACAUUUUUAACAAAUACAUAACCAAAGAAGUAAUCCAUCCAAAAUCAAAUAAACCUCCCAAUGUUGUCAAAUCUUAAAAUCAAGCCCAGGUUUAUAUUUACAUUUCUGAGGGGGAAAAAAGUGUACCACAUCCAGAGCUCCUUCUUCACAUAGGACACAUUACUUAUUAGCUGAAGACCAUGAGUGGGGACAAGUACCUUAGAGGUUAAGUCCUAUUCAUUCAUUUUCAGGUUCAGCAAACACCUAGCAGCACUGGUGUCACUCCAUCACUUUCUAAAGAAACACACAUACAAUGGUGCCCUCUAACCUCUCUCAGCCCAGUACUGAGUCGCUUUCAGUUCAUCAGUGGAGCUGGAAGAGGUAUUGCUCAACCCCACCUCUACCCUUAUCACUAUCUGGGGAAAUGUCCCCUGCUACCUCUGUGGUCUUUGUAGUUCUGUGAGCUUCUUUCCUCAGACAGGACAGUUCCCUUUCCAGCCCUUGGGGCAGUUAGUGACCUUGCCUACAAGAGGCUUUGCCCCCAGCCACUGGGGAUGGGCCUGCCAAACCAGGAAGGCAGAGAUCCCCCCCACCCCAUAUUCUAAGUGCCUCAGGGACAUACGCAAACAAUUACAACCUGUUAGCUGCUCGUUAACUUUUCUGUUGAGAAAGGAGCUAACUUCAAGACAUGUAGGACUUGUGGGCAUUUGGCAAGUGGAAGGGGUAACGGUGAGGUGGGAUGGGAAGGGAUUGAUAUCUUUCCUCCUGUCCCAGUAAACAACACUAACACCUACCUAGUUACCUAAGCCACAGGGUUUUAAGAGUCCCUCAUAGGUGAAGAGUAAUUUGGCACAGUAAACUGCUGGUACCAUUUACUAAUACAGGACAAAAGAUGCUGGGCUCAAAUUCUGAGUCUACAACUUGCUGGUUGUAACAUGAGCAAGUUACUUAAUUUUUUUAAAUCUGUGAAAUGGGUUUGAUGGUAGCACCUGCCUCACAACACUGUUCACUGACUGUCAUUUAUUGAGUCCAGUGUUAAGUACCUGGAUUCUUUGAGGUGUUGAGUACCUAAUUCAAGGUCAUACAGCUAGCAAGUGGCAGAGCCAGGUCUGGAACCCAGAUCUGGUUCCUGAGCUGUCUUCUUCACCACAUCGUCACACUGUCUUUCCAGCGACUGUAUAGCAAAUAGAAUCAUGCUUAUAGUAUAACGUUAAGUGAAAAGAGGCCAGCAAAGUGCAAUAAUCAGUGUGCGGACAACUAUGGGGAGACGCGAAACUAAUCCACAAAUAGAAAAAGCUAACAGGAAAUGUAGCAAAUCGUUAAAUAAAAUUGUAUUUGGGUGGUUUUUUCCUAAUCACCUCUACUUUCUACAUUUUAAAAAUACACAUUUUAUUAAAAUAGUUACUACGAUAUUUAUGUAGUUGAAAAUAAUUGAGUCAACAGCUUCUCACGUUUGAAAAUUACACUGUAGUGUUAUUUCUUCUCCGCUGUAAUCUUACUUUCCUGAACGGAAACUCUUCAGUCCUCUCAGAGGCCGGGGUAGGAAGCAGGUACUGCAGCCAUGUUCCCCACCCACCUGACAGCUGACAACCUGGCCGCUUGAGCAGGCUGUCAAAAUCAGGCCUGCGACAGGGAAGUUCCAGGCAGAAUCCGGGCUACCUCCACCGCCUAGGGCUUUCUGGACAGCGCUACUUGAGAUCGGUUACUCCCACCCCCCACCCCCCCUUCCUAAAGAGCCACCCGACUGCUCUUUUGCCAGUUCUGGCUGAAUUGUCGGCUUCUGCCGGCGAGGACGCCUGCCAGGUACCUGGCUCGGCGAGCACCGCCCAAACUGGUCAGGCUAGUCUGCCCUGUGGCUGUUUCUGCCAAGACUUGCCCGUGAGUGUGUUAGAGACCCACCCUUCUCCACAGCAACCCAGGUAGGUGGAAAGGCAGCUCUGGGCACUAGCCUGGCAGUCAGGCCAGAUGGGUGGAGCUGAAUUAAUCUAACCUGGAAUUUCAACUUGGCCGGCACAACAGGCAGCGCUGCCUUCCCCACCAUCCUGACCCCCAGAGGAGAACUGUCCGGGGGAGACUCCACCCUGCCGUGCCCCGCCGCACAGCUACCUGCUCACCUCAUGCCCCGGUACUGGCUGGCUGAGGGUGAAGGACCCACCCAGCCAAGAUGAUCUCUUCCUUGAGGGGUGCUGCUGCUGUCCUCCCGCAGAUCCUGGGCCCCAGCAGGUGGGAAACUGGCCCUGGAAGCCCUGUCAGACUGCUGCAGAGGAGGUGAAGAGGCGUCCGCCCUGGAGACGGGAGCUCCGUGUCUUCCAGCCUUGUAGAUUACUGUCUUAGGAGAGGAGGACCUGUUGGUGGCCUUUUGCAGGCAGUAGGAAACUGCUGGACACUGGAUUGUGGUUCUGCACAGGACCUAUGUUCUCCGCUCUGGCAGUGUCAGCAUCAUGAGCCAGUUUCAGGUGCCCCUGGCCGUCCAACCGGACCUGCCAGGUCUUUAUGACUUCCCUCAGGGCCAGGUGAUGGUAGGGGGCUUCCAGGGACCUGGGCUUCCUGUGACUGGGAGUGAGGCCCAGCUGAGAGGGAGUGGAGAUGGGCGAAAGAAACGGAAACGGUGUGGUACUUGUGAGCCGUGCCGAAGGCUGGAGAACUGUGGGGCUUGCACCAGCUGUACCAACCGCCGCACACACCAGAUCUGCAAACUUCGCAAGUGUGAGGUGCUGAAGAAAAAAGCGGGGCUUCUCAAAGAGGUGGAAAUAAAGGCUGGUGAAGGAGCCGGGCCGUGGACACAAGGGGCGGCUGUCAAGACAGGCUCAGAGCUCAGCCCAGUUGAUGGACCUGUUCCAGGUCAGAUGGACUCAGGGCCAGUGUACCAUGGGAACUCACGGCAGCUAAGCACCUCAGGGGCGCCGGUCAAUGGUGCUAGAGAGCCCGCUGGACCCAGUCUGCUGGGGACUGCAGGUCCUUGGCGGGUAGACCAGAAGCCCGACUGGGACGCUGCCCCAGGCCCAGCUCACACUGCUCGCCUGGAAGAUGCUCACGAUCUGGUGGCCUUUUCGGCUGUGGCCGAAGCUGUGUCCUCUUAUGGGGCCCUUAGCACCCGGCUCUAUGAAACCUUCAACCGUGAGAUGAGUCGUGAAGCUGGAAAUAACAGCAGGGGCCCCCGGCCAGGGCCUGAGAGCUGCUCUGCUGGCAGUGAAGACCUUGACACGCUGCAGACGGCCCUGGCUCUUGCACGGCAUGGCAUGAAACCACCCAACUGCAACUGCGAUGGCCCAGAAUGCCCUGACUACCUCGAGUGGCUGGAGGGGAAGAUCAAGUCUGUGGUUAUGGAAGGAGCGCAGGAGCGGCCCAGGGUCCCAGGGACUCUGCCCCCUGGUGAAGCUGGCCUCCCAGCACCAAGCACCAGGCCACUUCUUAGCUCUGAGGUCCCCCAGAUACCUCCCCUGGAGGGCCUGCCCCUGUCCCAAAGUGCCCUGAGCAUCGCCAAGGAAAAGAACAUCAGCCUGCAGACUGCUAUUGCCAUCGAGGCCCUCACACAGCUCUCCUCCACCCUGCCCCAGCCUUCUCAUUCCACCUCCCAGGCUCCAUGCCCUCUCCCUGAGGCCUUGUCCCCUCCUGCCCCUUUCAAGUCUCCCCAGUCCUACCUCCGGGCUCCUUCGUGGCCUGUGGUUCCCUCUGAGGAGCACCUGUCUUUUCCUCCUGAUAGCCCUGCCUUCCCUCCAGCACCUCCUAGAACUGAGUUUCCUGAAGCCUGGGGCACUGACACCCCACCAGCGACACCUCGGAACUCCUGGCCGGUGCCCCGCCCAAGCCCCGACCCCAUGGCUGAACUGGAGCAGUUAUUGGGCAGUGCCAGUGAUUACAUCCAGUCAGUAUUUAAGAGGCCUGAGGCCCUGCCCAGCAAGCCCAAGGUUAAGGUUGAGGCACCCUCUUCUUCCCCAGCCCUGUCCUCAUCCCCCAUUCUCCAGAGGGAGGCUCCAACACCAUGCUCGGAGCCUGACACCCACCAGAAGGCCCAGACCGCCCUGCAGCAGCACCUCCACCAUAAGCGUAGUCUCUUCCUAGAACAGACGCACGAUGCCUCCUGUCCUCCUCCUGGAGAGCCUCCUGCUUCCAGCUGGUGGGCCCCACCAAGCUCACCUGCUCCACGGCCUCCAGACAGACCACCCAAGGAGAAGAAGAAGAAGCCCCUCACACCAGCUGGAGGUCUUGUGGGAACAGACAAAGCUGCCCCUGGGAUCAAGCCCAGUGUCCGAAAACCCAUUCAGAUCAAGAAGUCCAGACCACGGGAAGCGCAACCCCUCUUCUUGCCUGUCCGACAGAUCAUCCUGGAAGGGUUGAGGCCCCCAGCCUCUGAGGAAGUGCAGGCACACGCACCUGCCCCUUUCUCAGCCCCUCUCUCAGCCCCUCUCUCAGCCCCUCUCUCAACCCCUCUCUCCACGCCUCUCUCUACGCCUGUCUCUGCCCCUGCCCUUGCCCCGGCGGCCCCUGUCCCUCUCCCUGCCUCGGCCCCUGUCCCUCUCCCUGCCUCACAGGGCUCUGCUGUCCCCUUGCCCACAGAACCUUCUCUUGCGCUAUUUGCACCUAGUCCCUCCGGGGACAGCCUGCUGCCCCCUACUCAGGAAAUGAGGUCCCCCAGCCCUAUGGCCACUCUGCAGCCAGGCUCUGCUGGCCCCCUUCCCCCUGCUGAUGACAAGCUGGAAGAGCUCAUCCGGCAGUUUGAGGCUGAAUUUGGGGAUAGCUUUGGGCUUCCUGGCCCCCCCUCUGUGCCCAUUCAGGAUCCCGAGAACCAGCCAACAUGUCUCCCAGCCCCCGAGAGCCCUUUUGCUACCCGUUCCCCCAAGCAAAUCAAGAUUGAGUCUUCAGGAGCUGUGACUGUACUGUCAACCACCUGCUUCCAUUCAGAAGAAGGAGGCCAGGAGGCCACACCCACCAAGGCUGAGAAUCCGCUCACACCCACCCUUAGUGGCUUCUUGGAGUCACCUCUCAAGUACCUAGACACACCCACCAAAAGCCUGCUGGACACACCUGCCAAGAGGGCCCAGGCUGAGUUUCCCACUUGUGAUUGUGUUGAGCAAAUAGUGGAGAAAGAUGAAGGUCCAUACUAUACUCAUCUAGGAUCUGGCCCCACAGUAGCUUCUAUCCGGGAACUCAUGGAGGAGCGGUAUGGAGAGAAAGGGAAAGCCAUCCGAAUCGAGAAGGUCAUCUACACUGGGAAGGAAGGGAAGAGCUCCCGCGGGUGCCCCAUUGCAAAGUGGGUGAUCCGCAGGCACACGCUAGAAGAGAAGCUGCUCUGCUUGGUGCGGCACCGGGCAGGCCACCACUGCCAGAACGCUGUGAUUGUCAUCCUCAUCCUAGCCUGGGAGGGCAUCCCCCGCAGCCUGGGAGACACCCUCUACCAAGAGCUCACUGAUACCCUCCGGAAGUAUGGGAACCCCACCAGCCGGAGAUGCGGCCUCAAUGAUGACCGGACCUGCGCUUGCCAAGGCAAAGACCCUAACACCUGUGGUGCCUCCUUCUCCUUCGGCUGCUCUUGGAGCAUGUACUUCAAUGGCUGCAAAUACGCUCGGAGUAAGACACCUCGCAAGUUCCGCCUCGCGGGGGACAAUCCCAAGGAGGAAGAGGUGCUCCGGAAGAGUUUCCAGGACCUGGCCACUGAAGUUGCUCCCCUGUAUAAGCGGCUGGCCCCUCAGGCUUAUCAGAACCAGGUGACCAAUGAGGAAAUAGCGAUCGACUGCCGCCUGGGGCUGAAGGAAGGGAGGCCCUUCUCGGGGGUCACAGCCUGCAUGGACUUCUGCGCCCACGCCCACAAGGACCAGCAUAACCUCUAUAAUGGGUGCACUGUGGUGUGCACCCUGACCAAGGAAGACAAUCGCUGUGUGGGCCAGAUUCCCGAGGAUGAGCAGCUGCAUGUGCUCCCCCUGUACAAGAUGGCCAGCACGGAUGAGUUCGGCAGCGAGGAGAACCAGAACGCCAAGGUGAGCAGUGGGGCCAUCCAGGUGCUCACCGCCUUCCCUCGAGAGGUCCGGCGCCUGCCUGAACCUGCCAAGUCCUGCCGCCAGCGACAGCUGGAAGCCAGGAGGGCAGCAGCCGAGAAGAAGAAGAUGAUUCAGAAGGAGAAGCUGAGCACCCCUGAGAAGAUCAAGCAGGAGGCCCUGGAGCUGGCUGGGGUCCCCACUGACCCAGGCCUGUCCCUGAAAGGUGCAUUGUCCCAGCCAAGCCUGAAGCCUUCCCUCAAGCUGGAGCCGCAGAACCACUUCAGCUCCUUCAAGUACAGUGGCAACACAGUGGUGGAGAGCUACUCGGUGCUGGGCAAUUGCCGGCCCUCUGACCCCUACAGCAUGAACAGUGUCUACUCCUACCACUCCUACUAUGCACAGCCCAGCCUGACCUCCGUCAACGGGUUCCACUCCAAGUAUGCUCUUCCGUCGUUUGGCUAUUAUGGCUUUCCAUCCAGCAACCCCGUCUUCCCCUCACAAUUCCUGGGUCCUGGUGCCUGGGGGCACAGUGGCAGCAGUGGAAGUUUCGAGAAGAAGCCAGACCUCCAUGCUCUGCACAACAGCCUGAGCCCGGCCUACAGUGGUGCUGAGUUUGCUGAGCUGCCUGGCCAGGCUGUUUCCACGGACACCCACCACCCCACUCCUCACCACCAGCAGCCUGCUUACCCAGGCCCCAAGGAGUAUCUGAUUCCCAAGGCCCCCCAGCUCCACCCAGUGUCCAGGGACCCCUCUCCCUUUGCUCAGAGCUCCAACUGCUACAAUAGAUCCAUCAAGCAAGAGCCAGUAGACCCAUUGGUCCAGACCGAAGCUAUACCCAGAGACCCUGGUAAGAUGGGCAAAAUACCUUUGCCCGAAGCAUCUCAGAAUGGGGGACCCAAUCACCUAUGGGGACAGUACUCAGGAGGCCCAAGCAUGUCCCCGAAGAGGACUAACAGUAUGGGUGGCAGCUGGGGUGUGUUCCCUCCUGGGGAGAGCCCUGCCAUUGUCCCUGACAAGCUCAGUUCUUUUGGGACCAGCUGCCUAACCCCUUCUCACUUCCCAGACGGCCAGUGGGGACUGUUUGCUGGUGAGGGGCAGCAGCUGGCUGCCCACCCCGGAGGACGGCUGCGAGGCAAAUCAUGGAGCCCCUGCAAGUUUGGGAACAGCACCUCGACCUUGGCUGGGCCCAGCCUGACUGAAAAGCCCUGGGGGGUAGGGGCAGGGGAUUUCAACUCUGCCCUGAAAGGCAGUCCUGGAUUCCAAGACAAGCUGUGGAAUCCAGUGAAAGGGGAGGAGGGAAGAAUUCCCACCCCUGGGGCAAGCCAUCUGGACAAGGCCUGGCAGGCCUUUGGGGUGCCCCUGGGCUCCAGUGAGAAGCUCUUCGGUGUCCUGAAGUCUGAAGAGAAGCUGUGGGAUCCCUUCAGCCUGGAGGAGGGGACAACUGAGGAGGCCCCCACCAAGGGGGCAGUGAAAGAGGAGAAGGCCAGUGCGGAGGAGGAGGAGGAGGAACUGUGGUCGGACAGCGAACACAACUUCCUGGACGAGAACAUCGGCGGCGUCGCCGUGGCCCCUGCUCACGGAUCCAUCCUCAUUGAGUGUGCCCGGCGGGAGCUACAUGCCACCACACCACUCAAGAAGCCCAAUCGCUGCCACCCCACCCGCAUCUCGCUGGUCUUCUACCAGCACAAGAACCUCAACCAGCCCAACCACGGGCUGGCCCUCUGGGAAGCCAAGAUGAAGCAGCUGGCGGAGCGGGCACGGGCACGGCAGGAGGAGGCCGCACGGCUGGGCUUGGGACAACAGGAGGCCAAGCUCUAUGGGAAGAAGCGCAAGUGGGGGGGCGCCAUGGUCCCCGAGCCCCAGCACAAGGAGAAAAAGGGGAUCGUCCCCACCCGGCAGGCACUGGCCGUGCCCACAGACUCAGCGGUCACCGUGUCCUCUUACGCCUACACGAAGGUCACUGGCCCCUACAGCCGCUGGAUCUAGGUGCCAGGGAGCCAGCGUACCUCAGCGUCGGGCCCAGCCCGAGCUGCCUCUGUGGUGCUUUUGCCCUCACACCUGGGGGCGGGUUGGGGGUGCAGAAGUCUUUCUAUCUAUAUAUACAUAUAUGGAUAUGCCUAUCAUAUAUAUGUAUUUAUGGUCCAAACCUCAGAACUGACCCGCCUCUUCCUUCCCCCCACGUCCCCAGCACUUUGAAGAAGAAACUACGGCUGUCGGGUGAUUUUUUCCGUGAUCUUAAUAUUUAUAUCUCCACGUUGUUUUAUUUUUCCCCUUGUUGGAGGGGCUUUUAUUUUCUUUGUUUUUAAAACUCUAUCCUUGUAUAUCACAAUAAUGGAAAGAAAGUUUAUAGUGUCCUUUCACAAAGGAGUAGUUUUAAAUUCCAUUUAAAAUGUGUAUUUAUUGGAUUUUUUAAAAGCGACAAUAGUAAUGGUAACGGAUGGGCAGGAAAGGCCAGCAGUACUGUUCCCACCGGCACGUCCGGCCUCUUGGGAGCUGACAGGUUCUCUCGGCCAUCUGCCCAGGUGAGCCAAGUGCAGUGUGUAGCCCCAGUCUAUCCCUCCCUCCCCGUGGGCAGGGAGCCGCCAGACCAGCUGCUGUCCUCUCCCGGAGGAUGGGAGAAGCUGCAGACAACCGUCUGGGGCCCCCUCCCAGUCAGCAGUUGGGCAGAGGCACCCCAGGCCCAGCCCAGGAUAUGCUGGCAUGGGUCUCCCCAGAAACCAGGUUGAAGGUAGACAGCUUCAAGCUUGCCAGUCUCCACACUGAGUCCUCUCUGUCCGUUAUUUAUCAAGUCCACAGGAUGUCAUGGUUCGCUAGGCAGCAGCACCUCAUGCUGAAGCUGGAGUUGAAAGGCUCCUAGAGCCCUCUCCGCCAUGUCAAUAAGGCAAUGAAUACUGGGCCGAAGGAAUUUGUCUUAGUGGCAAUUUUUAAAAAAUCGCCCCAAAGUCUAUGCUGAUACCGAAAAAGGGCUACUGUAUCUCUUAACACAGAAGUUGAACCCAAGCUGUGAAGAGCCAAGCUGGCUCUGUGCGUGGAGUUGUACAGAGCCUGGUGCUGUAGUGUUGUGCUGGGACUUUGACUCUUGGGCAGGUUGCAUCCUGCAGGAGCUCAGCAAACCAGUGUAACAGCAGUUAACACAUCUGUCCUUUCCUGGAUCUCCACAUUGGACAAUGGUGCAUGCCUCCCGGCCCACCCCUCCUGCUGUCUGCAGGGGCAGGGCCUACACUUAAAGUGCAAGAGUCAAACAUUUUCAACAGGUUGCUAUGAUUUUCCUCCCUCAUUGGUGCCAGUUCUCCAUUGGAUCAUUUUCUUUUUUUCUUCCUUCUCUUUCCAUCCCCUGUAACACACCCAUUCUAAAAUUCUGGUGCAUUCGUUUAGUUCUUUGAAAAGAGAAUGUGGUGCUUAAUUUUUGUGACAUUGUUGAGAGAGGUUGGGGCAGACAGUUGGAAGCAACACUCAUCUACAGCCAGUCAGACUUCUUGGAGUACUUGUUUUUCCUGUGGUAUUGGUGGAAAUGAUCUCAAGCUACCCAUGUGGACGUGUGUGGUGAAUGGGGGCUUCAUCUGGACACACGGGGUGUGGCUACACAGUGUGUGACGGCCAAGCAGGUAUUUAUUAAGCAGUUUUAUUCAGAUUAGGGUCUUCAUGAAUUGAGUUUAACAAUCAGAUGACAGUACUAACGGCAAGCUCCUGAGCCUCCAGGUGCCUUGUGUAAGAGCUGAGACCGAUCCGCUGGGUGUUUACUGUAACCUUUCGGAAGCACUGGCGGAGAGUCGCUGUAAGAUGUCCUGAACAUUUAUGUGGUCUGGUUUUAACUGUAAAUAGUGAAAAGAUUUUUUUAAGCACUUUUGCCUAGAUUUAAACAGCAACUUGAAAAAAAAAAGUACGUUUUAACAUGUAAUUGUGGGAGAAACUGUAAAUAGUAGCUGAAUAUUUAACGUGCUUUGUCUAUCCUCCACUUUUACCAUAUUCUGUAAAGUUGCAUUUAUUUUACAGGACAAAAAUGAAAUAUUAUUGCUUUUGAAAUAAAUACCCAAGAGCUUAUCAGGAUUUAGAAUCUAUUCAGAACUCAGAUUUAUAGGAAAACCUCUGACCUUCAGUCUGACAAGCUAAAGGAAGCAGAGUCUUUAAUGAGCAUGCUAAUUUUCUAGUUUUGAGGAAAAGUUGGGUCCUUUAAAUGCUAUUUUGCUUAUCGCAUCAGUACUUUUAUGCAGGUCUCAUUUGACUCCGUGCUUAGGUAGAUGCGGGGGUGCCUUGAAAACUUCAUUUUAAAUGAUCUUAAGCAAGAAAUACGAUAUUUUACAAAACGUGGAGAAUGUGACCGUCUGUGUGACCCAUGGAAGCCCCAGGUUGGCUGUUGGUUUGGAAGGUCCCGAGUGUAACCUAGAUGAUUCUGACACUUGGCAUGUGUGGAUCUCUGAUGUUUGUUAACUAUGCUCUUCCCCUUGUCACCCUUUGGUAGCAAAGCCAUUAGAUGAAAGGAGAAACCAAUACAAGUUACUAGCAUGUGAUGUCUGUCCCCAGCCCACACAGCCUUGGGUCGUUAGCUUCAGGGCUGGAACCAGGCUGCUGAGAGGCGAGUCAAGAGGCGGGCGCGUGGGGUGCACCCACGCCCCUCUGAGCAGGGUCCCGAGAGUUAGCUGGUGCUGUUGCCGUGCUCAAACCCAUGCUGAUUUUUACACACUACAUGUAUAACCUACCUCAAAUCUCAGUCAUUGAAAUUAGCAUGCUUUAGACGUAUAUUUAAAAAGUAACUAUGCACAGCUCUUUAUCCCCCCUUUGCUGCUCAAGGCUUCUUAAAGAAAAAAAUCAAAUUUUUAUUUUUUACUGGCAUUAUCAUUUUUUAAGUACUAAAGAUGGUUGACAAACAUUUUUAUCACGAGAAGAAAAAUAAAGCCAUUGCAACUAAAGAACCUAACAGCAUGACCAAGUUUUAAGAGUAACAUAGCAACAGAAAAUGAUGGAGUCUUGUAGUCAUCUCCCCGUGUGCCCGUCCACAGACACCAUCCACAUGGAGUGCAAAUGUUUGGUUCCUUUCUUUUGCUUUGUUUUGUUUCCCCUACCUCUUGCGUGUAAGGGAAGUACUUGCAAAGUUCUGUGCUAAGAGAUUGUUGGAUUUUUUUUUUUAAAGUAAAGAUCACUUUGCAGCAAGGUCUCACCCAAUAACUGGUGCUAGCUCAAGAAACCAUCAUCUUACCAUCGGAAAGCUUGACUAACAGUGUUGCAUAGAUUUGGGAGGUUUUGUUUGGGGUCUGGUUUUUAGCAAGGCCUCAGUUCCCCACACCUGGCUUCCUGGGUGCUGCUUUGCCUUCUCCCCGAUAUGGACAGUGGUGUGCAUGGAAAGGUUUCCUACCUGCCUCUUCUGAUCCUUCCCUUGCCUCUUUUGGAAAUAGUAGUUUGCAGAGCAGGGAUUUUUAAAGCACUCUCGCAAGGAAAGAAGUCACAAGCUUAAUUGCUUUGUAUCAGACAGCAGUAGAUGAGUGAGGAUGGUUGACAGUGAGUAGAUGGUGAUCUGAUUUCUCUGGCAGAAACCCAUCCAGACUUGCAUCUUGACAUUUAACCACCCUGUGAUCCCAACCCAAGGCAAAGCUGGUGGAAAACUCUGAUAUAUCCCUGAUGUGCCUCAACCAAUAUCUCUUUCCUUUUGUUACUGAAGUGUGUUCUAUGGACUAGGAAGCAUUUUUAUGAGUUGAAAUAGUCUAAAUAAAAUGGUGCUAUGGUGUUUUAAUGUGACUGUCCCUGAUCCUGUCUCGCUGAGGUGCUAUCAACGUUCUGAAACCACAACCAACCAAAAACAAGGUGGGCUCCAGUCUCUCGGCUUUUUUUGUUCCUCCUCGUUUGGUGCUGUCUUCUUAGACCUCUGUUUACCAUGCUAUAAUCUGCUCUGAGCAGUUUUAGUUUUGUUUUAUUGUUCUUCCCUUGGUGGCCAAACAAAGAAAGGCAAGUCAAGAAGGCGAGGCCCCUUGCUGAGGGGCCGGCCUCGCUUGGCGGGUGCUUUGGUUUCACGCCUGUCUUCUCAGGCCCAACGGGAAGGCAAAGACAUGCAGUGAUUUCUCUGAGGAAGGGAGUCGGGGGCUCCUGCCUUGUAUAGCACAGCGUGUGUCUUAGCCAGAGCUGCGCAUCCUUCUCCUGCGGCCCAGGUGCUGAGCAGAUGUCUGUCCCUGGGAGUCUCAAUGGGGGCCCAUGGAGUGGGUGCACAGGGAGCUGUUUCCUCACCUGGCAGGGCUCGGGACCGUGGUGGGCGAGGAGUUCAUUCCUGUGCUCCUUCCAGCCUUGGCCCCAGUGUGGCUUCUCCUGCUUGUCCGUCCCUCGUGUUCGGACGAAAGGCAGGAGCUUUCUUUGUCCCUUGAUGUCACUGAGGCUGCUUUUAGUUGGUGCUAAAUUUCUCCGUGGGUCCACAGAAGUUGAUGUUUUUAAGAACUCAAUAGGAAGCUCCAUUUUUGCAUCAUCCACUGUCACAAUUUUUUUUUUUAAAUACCUCAAAAACGGGACAUUGUGACAACUUAGUAGAUUCCAUGAAGGUCUAAUACCUGCAGGUUAUCUGUUUGAUGACAUAGCUGACCUUGAAGAUCUGGAGUCAUUUUGGUUUUGAUUCUUAGUGAAAAUGGCAGAAGGCAUAAAGGAAGGAAUGUGGCUGACUCUGUUUCCUUUUUAAGUUCUGCUUUCGAAUAAAAUGUGAAUUUCCUAUGCCCAUCUCACUGAGCUUUCUCAGUCAUCGUUGCUGUCAUUUGCAGUGACUCCCUCAAGAUCUAGUCUAUUAGCCAGCGCAUCUGCUGUAAUUCAUGGCCGACUUCAACAUGUCCUGGACCAAAAUAACAUUUUUGAGGUGCACACCUCAGCAUAGGUUCUACAGCCCCACACCUGCACAUGCAUAGCUUUCUCCACGAGUGCGGGCCCGCCUGGCACGCCCAGCACUUCCUCCCACAGAGCUGCCAGCAAGAGCAAAGCAAUAGGCUUCUCCCCUGAGCAGAGACCUCAGUGCAGAAAUGCCAGGUCUAAAGUUGAUUUUUGCCUAAGAAUCAGCAAGCUAUUUGGCCUACUUCCUCAUUUGCUUCUACUCUGAUAUCAGGGAUGCUUUUUGUAGUGGUAUUGUUUGUGCUCUCCUCAUUUUGACUAACCUGUCAUUCAGGGGAAACUCAUCACUCUUCACAUGGGGACUUAAAAUAUGAAUUGGCUCAUUUGAACAUUCCAAAUUGUCUUAGUUCAAUACCUUUUCAUUCUUUUUUUUUGAGGGGAAAAGAGGAGAAAAACAGGAGUGAUGUCAUUUCUUUUUCAUGUAUUUAAUUAGAGAAACAAGGACUGGUUGUCUUGUGGCAUAUUAAUGCAUUAGACUUAAUCUAGAACCCCUGUAGCUUUCUGGUGUGUUUUAUUUCUUAUCUCUUUGAAUUCCUGUUUGGUUACUUGGCUUCCAAUGGAGGUGAAUUUAACAACCAUACUUGAAUAUUCCGUCUUGACUUUGUAAACUGUGGCUACUUGAAAUGAAGUUUAUCUGGGGUUGAUGGAUGAAUGAUAGAUUUUUGCAAUGUCUCAAGGCAAUAGGAUGUGUAUUAAACUGUAGAUAUUCUUAGUACAGUAAAUUUAUGCUGAUAAUUUUAUUUUGUAUAAUUUUUAUCUUUUUGUUAAUAUUUUUUCUUCCACUUUAUUGGUUUGCCUCCUGAGCUACCCCUCCUUACCCUCCCUUUUCCCCCAGUGUUUCAGUAAAUUUAAUUUAGGGUGCCUAGAAAUUGCAAGUAUGUAUCCUUUUUUGAUUUGUAUUUUAUUAUAAUUUACACAAACAACUGGGUUUGUGAACUGUAUUACUCCUGGUAUCUUUAAAAUAUUGUGGGUGUUUUAAUAAAUUUUAUAUUUAUUUUUUGCA